CGGCCGGACGAGGAGGCGAUGGAGCUGGAGCCCGAGCUGCUGCUGCAGGAGGCCCGCGAGAACGUGGAGGCGGCGCAGAGCUACCGGCGGGAGCUGGGCCAGAGGCUGCAGGGGCUGCGGGCGGCGCGGAGGCAGAUCAAAGAGAGUGCAUCACAGACCAGAGAUGUCCUCAAACAGCAUUUUAAUGAUUUAAAGGGAACCCUUGGGAAGCUCCUGGAUGAGCGACUGGUGACCCUUUUGCAAGAAGUGGAUACCAUUGAGCAAGAGACCAUUAAACCGCUUGAUGACUGCCAGAAGCUCAUAGAGCACGGAGUUAACACUGCAGAGGACUUGGUCCAAGAAGGUGAAAUUGCCAUUCUUGGUGGUGUAGGAGAACAGAAUGAAAAACUGUGGAGCUUUACCAAAAAGGCCUCACACAUUCAGUUGGACAGCUUACCAGAAGUGCCUUUACUGGUCGAUGUGCCUUGUUUAUCUGCUCAGUUGGAUGACUCAAUUCUUAACAUAGUGAAAGACCACAUUUUUAAGCAUGGAACCGUAGCAUCUCGCCCACCAGUACAGAUAGAAGAACUAAUAGAGAAGCCUGGAGGCAUCAUUGUGCGAUGGUGUAAGGUGGACGACGACUUUACAGCCCAAGAUUACAGACUCCAGUUUCGUAAAUGUACUUCAAAUCAUUUUGAGGAUGUAUAUGUAGGCUCUGAAACUGAAUUCAUAGUGUUACACAUAGACCCCAAUGUUGAUUAUCAGUUCCGAGUCUGCGCCCGAGGAGAUGGCCGACAGGAGUGGAGUCCUUGGAGUGUCCCCCAGAUAGGUCAUUCCACGUUGGUGCCGCAUGAAUGGACAGCUGGCUUUGAGGGGUACAGUCUGAGCAGUCGAAGAAAUAUAGCACUCCGGAAUGAUUCAGAAUCCUCAGGUGUUCUCUACUCCAGCGCUCCAACCUACUUCUGUGGGCAGACGUUAACAUUCAGAGUUGAAACUGUGGGCCAGCCAGACAGAAGAGACAGUAUCGGAGUGUGUGCGGAAAGGCAGAAUGGAUAUGACUCUCUGCAGCGGGACCAAGCAGUGUGCAUUAGUACAAACGGUGCAGUUUUUGUAAAUGGAAAAGAAAUGACUAAUCAAUUGCCCGCCGUUACUUCUGGGUCCACUGUCACAUUUGACAUUGAAGCUGUGACUCUAGGAUCCACCAAUAAUAACGAAGGCGGAAACUUCAAGCUUCGAACAUUUAUUUCUCAUUGUUCUGGAGGCUGGUAAGUCCUUUCUCAAUUUCAGCUCUGAUAGGUGUACUUCUGGAUCCUUACUGUCCUAAACAAGUCCAAGUCUUAGUGCACACAUUAACAAUGCAUAAAAUAACAAAACAGAAUACAACUUUUAUAUUAUUGAACUUUAUGUACAAAAUCAUUUGAUUUCAAAUAAACAUUUAAUGUAAAAACAAACGUUCUUUUAAACUGAUUUUUUUUACAUCUACUGUACCUUUCAAAUGCUUUAUCAUCUUACAUGAUUUCUUCAAAAUCUCUUAUCAAGGGUACAUAUAGAAAAGCAUUUUUUUUUUAUAAAUAGAAACAAAGGGAUUUUUUCAGCUCUUAUAAGAUGACAUAAAAAGUUUACUCGACAGAAGUAAUUUCAUUACUAUUUGGGGGAGGGAAUCACCAACUUUUUGUGCAAACAAUGCUAGCCUUCUUUUAAGCAUUAAGAGCAUAACUGCUUAAGAAAUGACAUAAGCAAAAUUUCUACACCUACAUCUCCCCUAAAAUAAUCUAUUUUUUUUUUUUUUUACAUAUGUGCACAGCUUUAGCAAAUUAAAGCCGGAGAGAAAUGCUCAAGAUCUGCUACCCAUAGGUGUGAUCAGAGUUGACUGUAACUCUUCAUUUGGAGAGCUUACCAAUCAAGGCGUCUGUAAUGAAAGCUGCAGUUUCCCUCUUUCCUAUCUUUUUAACACAAAAAUUAAUAACUAAGAAUUUAAUACUGGAUGACAAAGCACAUCCACACUAUCAGUUAAAUAGCCUCACAGUUAAACACAUCUUAAAGACCAAUCAAAUCAGUAUUUACAUUUUAUAAAUUUCUGAAGACACCAUUAGAAAGCUUAUAUAUCCCUUCAUUAAACAAAAUAGGGAACUGCAUCUGAUGGUGGUGGAAUGAAAUUAAAAAUACCUUUAUUUACAGCAGCAUUGUUCCUUUAUAAAUAAAGAAUAUGAAAAUGCAAUUAUCUUUAAGGAUAAUAAAAAAUUGAGGUGAUGUUACUCAACCACAGUGCUUGAAGUUGGAAUAAAAAUCUAUUGGUGCUUGUUAAUGUGCCAGUAGUGAAACCACUUUCUGUUGGAGAAAAUCCAACUGCAAAUAUGUGCAUAAAACACAUAACACAGGGCAAAAUUGCUCAAAACAAUUCAAGUCAGCUUAUCUGUACUGGAUAUUCUAAUCGUGAAACACAUUACAAAAACAUCCUUGUAAAGAAAAAAAAUGUUAUGUUUUCUGUUUCAUUUUUAUAGAACAUUUCUUCCCUCAAAAGUGGCAUCUUCAAAAUCUCAAAUUCUUCCCUUGGUUUACAAUCCUAAUGAAAAGAUGUGGACAGUUUAAUUUUCCAUGUUUACCUAACUGGGGGAAGAAAAAAACCAAACUGUAAAACGUUCAAGUUUAAAAAAAUAUACUGGGUGAGCAAUACACUAAAAUUAUCAACGUAAAAUAAAUGGUAAGUAAUCUUAACAUUUCACUGUCGAAUGUGAAAAAUUAACAUCUCAAACAGGCAUAAGAUGAAGAAGUGCUUUUUUCAAAUUGUAAAAUCAAUUUAUGCAAUGCAAAAUAUCUUGAGUGUUGUAAUUUUUCAUUUUAAAAUGAUUUCAAAAUCAAGGAUCAAGGUUUGAUUGCAAAUGGUAAUGCAAUAUAAUUUCACAAAAACCUUCAAUUUUUAAAAAAGGGAAUCACAUACUAAUUUUCCCUCCCCAAGAAAAUGUUUCACAAAGCAGAGAAACAGCCAGUCACAAAUGCAAAAAAAUUAUAAUUUAAAUAUAUGAAAUAAUUUCUCUAUUACCAAUUUAUUUCAUAAGUCAAUUGAAGUUAAAAAAUACUUUCUCUGAAGUAUUGCUUUUCAUGCUCAAACAAGAGAAUGUUGUAAUGACAUCAAUAAAACUGAUAUACAUGUAAUGCUGCAUAAUGAAGUAGAACCCUGAUACAAAUAUCCUUGUUGAAAUCAUUUACUUCAUCUUAACAGUGCCUGUUUGGAAUCUAUGAUUAAAAAACAAAAACAAUACUCUUCCUAGAGGCUGAACUCCCUAGAAUGCAAUUUCAGUGUUUGUCCACGACACAGGGUUA